AUGUAUUUCAGCCAAUUUGGAGCACUGCUCUACCUCCUGGCUCCGGCCAGUGGGUUGGCUGUUCAGCCUUAUGAAGGAGUCCCUCAUGUCCCCCGAGCACACCCCUCUGCAGCAGCCUCAGCAACCCGCAUUGUCAAGUUGGCAGUAGCUCUGCCAACUCCAUCGGAUGUGCCAUACCAGAAUAGCUCAUCCAUCUGGACAACAGCACAAUGUGAUCAGAAUUUCAUUGACGAUCCUACUGUCGGUUUCGUUGAUCGAUGGUAUGCGGCAGACGUCCCAGGAGCCUGGGGUGCGAUGAUUAGCGAGUGGAAGAGAGGAGCUACAGGUGAAGCUGGUCACAAAAUGUAUCGCAACCUCGCAUUCCCGCAGUUUGUCAGCUACUUCUUCCACGGUCCGGAAAAUUGGAACUGUAAGGAUGUCGGUAGCGUCCCAUGCUCUUCCGUUGUCCAGUGCAAGGACGUCAAUCAUCCAGCAGGAUACCUUAUUUUAAAUGCUUUCUCUGGUAUCCAUCAGCUACACACUGAGAUGUACAAUGCACUCGACACGGCAGCAAUUCUUGUUGACCAAAAGAUUGGCGAAUUUACCACCACAUUUUCGCCGCAGAGUGAUAAUACUAAGAUGAUCCUGUUCAUCUUUGAUAUGUUGACCACAUUUAUGGGCUUUACUGUUUCAGCAUUCUUUAGCGUUGUUGAAAAGGAGGUCGUACAGGUAGCUUCGAGCGUCGCUAGUAGCCGUGGCAGUAUUGCCUCCUCGGCAGACAGUCUCCACACCGCACCUGGAAGCAUAGCCUCUUUCGAUACUUACCACACUGCGCCAUUCUCACAAACGGAACUGAACAACUACCUGAAAGGACCGAAAUUUGAAUUCAAUAGCAGGGCGUACGCUAACGACAUGACAUACCAACUUUAUACCAUUACGGCGGCCUGGAGUAGGAAUCAUAUUCCUAAAGUCCAUGAUAAACUGCAAGCCCAGAACUCAGUCAGUUCCGCUCUUGGGGACAUAUUCAAGGGUUGGAAGGAUACCGAGGCGUCCUAUUUGGAGACGAUCUUUUCUGGCGAUGAUUCAUCACUGAAAGACCUUCUAUCCCUUAUUGGAGAUGGUAAAAUGAACUAUUUGCCAAACACAAUAAACCAAAAUGAGAUGGCAGCGCAGCUGGAGGCUGUACUCUAUGGCCAACUAUUACCUACUGCGUGGAAGCUCGCCUCUGAUGAUCGCGGCGCUUACCCAAGAAUCUUAAAGACGGAUGUCUCCUGCGAUACCAAGUCCGCUCAUAUCCCUGAGUUCGAUAACAUUAAUCCGAAACUUAUCAAUGACGAUCUUUCUGUCGCCACACGCGCGUGCUGGAGGGACAAGCUGGUUUUCCUUCUGAAUAUGAGACCGCCGCAAAAGCCAGUUAUAAUCCCAUAUGCACCACUACCUGAUCAAACGGUGCCAUUUUCAGAACUACCCAGUACGAAUAGACUCACCUUCUCUGGAGAGAAAUGGGGAGGUCUCACAUUCGAUGAUAUUAUUGCAAGUGCAAUGACCGGAUAUGAAUUUGCUGGUUACAAAAAUGGCUAUAAAUCACCGGGUACUGCUGAGAUCGAGCAGGAUAGGAAUGCUAGCGACUAUGGGAAACGAGUCCGUUAUCCCGGUUUCUUCAAUAUACCUGUAUGCGAGGGCUUUGCGGAGACCGCUAUGGUUAUCUCGAAGGGAUCUACAGGCUCUCCAUUCUGGCCUUGCAAGGAUCCUGAUGACUAUAACACUCAAGGGACUACUAUUCAUGUGGCUAAUGGGUGGAUUACUGCUAACGGGAAUACCCCUGUCUGCAGCACCUUUAAGGUUGAUGAUCCAGGAUAUGGCAAUACACUCAAUACAACCUUGUAUGGAAGAUUUGAUGGAAACAACAAAGCCGACUCUAUGGUGAAGGCAUCGUGCAAGAUUACUUUCUCUUGGCCAAAAUCCUGGAUUGAUAUCAAUUAUGGAAAGGACGAUUGCAUGUACGACGGCCAUUGGAAUCCUCUCAAUGAUGCAAAUGGCAAGCAAGUGUGCUGUCAACAGGAUGACACCCUCACCGAUAUGGUCCAAAACCCAUACAUGGGUGGAGGCAAGUGUGAUCUGGAGAGUAGAGAUUAG